AUGUCGACAUCGGCCACAUCACAGUCAGCAGCCGCUGGGCUGAAGAACACGCUGCGUUUUCAAUGGACCGGAAAUGAUAGUUUGAUGGAGAGAUUUCGCUUUGGGAAAGAAGUUCUUUUUGGACCGCUAAGCCUGACAGCAGACGACGUUCACUGCCUGCAACAGAACACACCGGAGAAGUUUUACGACGUGUCGUUCUACACCAUCACCAGGCUGGAGGAGGUGAGAGGGCUUUUCCGCGCGAACGCGACAGCACCCGCCCUCAGUGCGUUUCAAGUGGAGUCCCUGUGCAGGCACAACAUGAGGGUGCUAACGGUGCACAUGUUCAACCCAUGGGUCACAGAGGAAACAUUAGUGUGCUACCUCAGCCGGUACGUGACCAUCUUGCCAGGAGUGAGAGACAUUAAGGACGCCCUGGGCAUCUGGACAGGGAAGAGGCAGUUUCGUGUGCUGCUAAAGGAGGACGAGAGCGGCCAUGAUGGCUACCGCCAUCCACCCGCUUCGUUUUCCAUCGGAGCAGACAGGGGCUACCUUAUGUAUGCUGGUCAGCCUCGUUUCUGCAGGAAGUGCAGCACCUACGGGCACCUCGCUGAUGCCUGCACCCAGACAAGGUGCAGAAACUGUGGGACUCUGGGCCAUAUAAUGAGGGAUUGCACCGUGCCCAAGCGCUGCAGUCUGUGCAACUCAGAGGACCACCUGUUCCGUCACUGCCCGAAGGCAGCCCCCUCUUACGCCAGAGCGUGCUCGGUUGAAGACUGCCGCUUCACUGCUCAUGAGAAGCUGGUCAACAUUCACUGGAAAAAUAACCACGCCCCAGGGGCAAAGAGAAUCAAGCUGGACACUCCAGAGGAGAUUUCUAAAUGGAGAGCGGAGAGGCGCAGGAACUACCCAACCCUGGUGAACGUGGAGAAGAGGAGGAAAGUGAUGGAUGCCAGGGAGGAGACUGGCGCGGUGCUGGAAACGGCUCAGUUUGGGAGGAUGAGGGGUAGAGGUCGUGGACAGCGUGGUGGAAGGUUCCAGAGAGGCAGAUGGGCCAGACCGGGUCCUCAUCCGUCAGAGAGACCACCACACCCCACUCAAACCCCCACGGAGAGGCCUCCACCCCUCACUCAGUUCCCCAGGGACGGAGACCCUCUGGGGGCUCUGGCCAACAGUGACCCAGACUCUGAUACAGAGGAGCCAGCCAGUGGAAGUGGGGUGACUGUGGCCCCUAAACAAAUGACAUCAGGGCUGGGAUCUCUGAUGGCCAGCUACGGCUCCAUGACGGACAGCGACAGCGACCAGGAACCACAAGUCCUGCCCAUCCAGAGGACAAGUCAGCUGCUGAAGGAGAACCAGGCAAUGCUGAAGGCUCUGCCAGCCAAGCCCCAGAACAGUGCUUCAUCUGGGGCUAAGAGACUCUACCCUGAGCCCCCCCGGGAACCACAGCCUGGGUCUGGUCCUCAUAGACCUGGUAGGGGGAGAGGAGCGAGGGGAGGACGAAACAACAUGGCCACCCCCCAACAGCGCCGCGCCACUCUGCUUGAGAUGUUACUGGCCCCAGACAUCCGCCAUGAGAGGAACGUGCUCCUGCAGUGUGUUCGCUACAUUGUCCGAAACAACUUCUUUGUAGUGGAGGGUCAAACUCAGGACCAGGAUGGAACUCUGGGCAGAACAGGGACCACAGGUGACCCUGACCUUGACCUCCAGACACAGGAAGUGAGAGCAGAUAAUCUGAGAGCAGAUGAUCUCCCAGCUACCGCUCUGGUUGGUCCAGAUGAAAGAGGUGACCAGGUGAGGUCAUCACUAGAAGGUACCCAGAAACCACCAGUCUGUCAGGGACCUUCAGAGGUGGACAUUUUGAAUGAUGUCCAUCCUGAGGAGAUGCCAGAUGCCGCCUCAAACCCUGAUGUCGUAACUCAGCUGAACUCUAACCCUGAGGUCCGGGGGACUGUGUCUGAGCAGUCUGGAGCCCAACAAGUGGGAGAAGACCAGAGCAUGGAGGAGAACACACAGAGUGGACCAGCCUGCUCACAGUCACAUCCCCUCCAGGAAACCACAAUGGACUGGGCUUUGAAUGCUAGUUAUGGAGAUGGUCACUCUGAAGACCACUCCCAGACCUCCAUCCCCAACUAUGAGGAUGAAGUCUGGGAGACCCAAGACCCCUGAAGUCAUCCUGACCCUUCAAUCAAGACUGUCAUCCUGACCCCUGACGUUGCCUUGACCCUUCAAUCAAGACUGUCACCCUAAAAGCAGAUUUAUACUUGAUCCAGAAAUGCGGUCCGGAGGCUCUGUACAGUUGCGUUAUUUUGAGUUUGAGUUUUUACAGAGACAGUGCACAUUAAUCAACGUUUCAUCAUCGCUACGCAAACAAGCCUGAUUUCUGCGACAAUUUCUCCGUUUACACAAGUUUUUAGUUUAGCUAAUAAAAUGAAAACAUAACUUCAAACUACUUUUGGGUCCUUCGUUAAUAUUACAGCAUGAAAUCCAUGUCUUAAACGUCGCUACGUUUUGUAAAUAGUGAAGAACAUGUGUAAUCUGAUUGAGGUAUUAAAGUUACUCAUCUUACAGA